AUGUCUAACAGUGUCUGUACACAUUGUGGUUGUACUGAGAUAGACAAGGAUCCAGGCAGAGGAGAUGCUGUGUGUACCAACUGUGGGUCUGUGUUAGAAGACCAGAUUAUUGUUUCUGAUGUACAGUUUCAGGAAAAUGCUGCUGGUGGAACGUCUGUUAUUGGACAAUAUGUCGCAGGAGAUGGAACAAAAUCAAUCAAUCUUGGAGGAUCAUUUGCUCCUGGAUAUGGUCGAGAAUCAAGAACAGUAACUCUUCAAAAUGGUAAAAAGAAAAUCCAGCAAUUAGGAGGUCAGUUAAAACUCAACAGUCACUGUAUGGACACAGCAUUUAAUUUUUUCAAGAUGGCCGUCACAAAGCGUCUGACUAAAGGAAGAAAAAGUCUCCAUGUAAUUGCAGCGUGUUUAUAUUUAGUUUGUAGAACAGAAGGAACACCUCAUAUCCUUUUGAAUACUUUGACUGAUAAAUUUUCUUUUCUCUCUUGUCUCAAGAAAAGACAAGUCGUCUUUUUUGAAAAGCAGAUAAUUCUGGACAUACGUGGAUUUGAAGGUUCAAAUAUUGACAGUGAGAUGUGA